GGCGACUCCGAUCGGUCUAGUACUCCUGCUGGGCCGCACGCCUAGGGAGGAGGCAUAAUAGCGGGCAGCGGCAGAGCGAGCGGCCACGCUUCCACCCUGUGCCGAGCAUAACAUACUAUUGCAUACAACAACGCAGCAUCGCAUUCUGAACCGAAUAAACGGUUCGAUAAAAAAAACGUAAGAAGCGUUAGAAGCCCAAUUGCCAUGUCGGGAAGUGACAGCCCAACAUUUUUUCACGGUCAACCAUGGUCCAGUUGGAUAGAAAAAAUUGGAAGGGAUAAACCGCUGAGUGACGAUGAAACUGAAGAUGAACCACGAAGCUCGGUAAUGCGACUUGCUGCGGAAGAUAUCGAUCUAUAUGGUUUUUGCCCAGAGAGGGAUGCGUUUUACGGAGUGGUCUGCGAAAUUUGUAACGCGAUCGUUAAACCACAAGCCCUGAUACAGCAUAUGGAAAUACGACAUCCAUCUGGUACAGUGAACCUGCCGCCGCCUGCAAACCCGGUAGUAAAACCGAUAGCCAAAACAGCCUACUGCAAAGUAUCAAAGUUGAAAAAGACCCAGACGUCGCAGCUCCCGUCUAGCAGUAAAACGAACAAUACUACGUCGAACAAACGCACGGCUGAACAAGCGAACCUCCAUCCACAAUUACCUCUAUCCUCGCCGCGUUCGCCGCUCGAAAACAUUCCGAUACAGAUAACGAACAGCGGUUCAACGGUCGGCUCGAGCCCGGUAAAAAGCCCGGGCAGUGGGAACCACCAACGUCGGAAAAAGCCGAAACCUGAACGCUCGCUGCUCAAGGACCGGGAGUAUGACCCGGACCGGCACUGCGGUGUCUGGAACGAUGAGACGGGGAAGCCGUGCACCCGCUCCCUCACCUGCAAGGCACACACGGUCUCGUUGCGGAGAACGGUCACGGGCCGAAGUAAAACCUUCGACAAACUCCUCGCCGAGCACCGGGCCGCGAAGGAGUUCCCGCCGGCGAGGAGUUCGACGAAAGUGACUCUGACGGGAACGGUGACGAUGACCUCAACGUCUUCGUCCUCGUCCUCCUCGUCGAGCGCGGGUCAGAGCUUGAACGCGAUUGUGAUCGGUGCCGUACACGCUAACGCGGCCAGUGAUUCGGCGACGCCGAGUUCACCGCCGGUUCUCUCUCUGCCUGAUAUGUACCCCUUGCCAAAGACCAAGCUCGAGGAAGACUUCGCCAACCAAGAACUGGGCCUGGAGUCCUCGAUGGUCAACUCGGCUGGCAUACCGGGUUCGAUAACUGCGCCCAUAUCGGUUCUGCUCCCGUCCUUGUCGCCGGCGACCGCUAAGAACGGGGAACCUUCGAUCGCCACUCUCGUACCUGCGACCUGCACAGUUUCACCGGCGCCCUCGAUCGUUCCGGCCUCUCUACCUACGGCCCAGCCGCUGAUAUCGAACAUCCUGGAGGCGGAAACUCCGGUGGAAUUGGACUCCGAAAGUAUAACGAUAUACUCGCCGAUUUCCGGUUACAAGGACUCCGGCAAGUCCCAAAUAAUCGUCCAGAUCCCACCAUCGACCAUCAGCAACGCUCUACAUUCCCCUAUUAGUAAAUCCUACACCGCCCAGGCGUCGAUGCCGUGUUUGAGCAUAUUCGAAAACUCCGUACCAACCGCGACGGCGGCAACAUCCUCGGCUUCGGUGUCAGCGAACCAAAUAAUCAAUGGGAAACGGAAUAACAGCCACAUGAGCGGCUCAACUACCAGAGCGUUGAAACGGAGUAAACACGAUUUUUCGCAAGAGUAUUCAACCGCGAUUCAAGUCGAGGCGACGACAACGUCGACACCUUACCCGCAUUUCGGGGACAUAUCCUGGUCCAACUGCCACCCUGAACCGUUAGCAGUUAGUCGUUGGCUCCGCAUCACGUCCAACCGUAAACAAUACAACUUUAACAUUCACUGACACAAAACUCUACCUACUCCAGGCUAAAGGUUUUGCACACGCCUCGUUUACCGAACUACCUCUUAAAUAUUUCGAAUUAUUUCCCAAAAUUCUUAUGGGUUAAGUAUUCCAUUUUUUCUGUACCUUUACGCCGAAUUUCAACCGUUCGAAAAGAGGCUUAAAGAGAUUCGGCGGCAAAAAGUAACGCGGAACAAAUUUAUCUGUCUUUCAUUUUUUUAGAAAUUCAAAUUUGUUUUUCCGUUUCUUUUUCAUUUUUCUAAUUACUUUGUUUCUACUUUUUCUCCCCAAUUAUCUUUUUUGCACGUCGGUUUACCGCUUUAUAUACAGUUCACAAGCAGCAGUUUGGUUCAGUUCGCCGAAAGGUGAGGUACCGGGAUCCGUUCGAGGCUGCAGUAAUUUUUUGUAAUAUAUAAUUAGAAAAAAUGAAAACGAACAAAAAAAAAAAAAAAAACAACAUAAUGAAAAACUAGAAAAAACAAACGGGAUAUUGUUGUUUUACAGUGCCCGCACUGUAAUUAUAUUAUAUUAAAACGUUGGAUAAAUUUUUUGCAACUGAAUCUAAUGUUUAAAUUAUUUUCUUGCAUGUAAAUGAUCGUUUAGCAAAUUCGUGUACAGAUUGAGUGAGUGAUGGUUGUUUGGUUUUUUACUUUAGCUAAUUUUUUUCUUUUUUUAUCAAUGAGGAAUUCACCCUGUGUAUUAUCUGUUAGCGUUAAUUUUUUUUUCCUUUCUCUCUCUCUUCGUGAAACCACAAUUGUGAUCAGAUUAUUGUGAACGUUUUCUGAGAGAAGUUUUAUUUAAUUUUUUUUUCUUUUUUUUGACCAACAUCGACGUUGAACAAUCGAAUGGGAGACAUUAUAUUUUUUUAUAACUAGGUUUAAUUUAUUUUUUAUUCACGUGAUGUAUAAAUUUAAUGAUUGCUUGCACGCGCGCAACGUCGCGAAGUUUCGUUUUAAUUGCCGUGACGAACAAGACGAAACGAUAUAAAGUCUGAUAAAUGAUAUAUCAAAAUAUCAUAAUUUAUACCUGUAAUAGACGUAGCGCUGAUGCAACAGUCGUUUUUCCCCGUCAGAUUUCAUGAUUUUUAAUCGCAUUAUCAUUAGCGCCAGUAAUUUAUUUUCCCGUUGUACAAUAUUAUUUCUACAUAAGUGUAUAUAUUUCACGUUUUUUUUUUUUUUCCUAGGCAAGUUUCUUUAUAUUGUAUGGAAAUUCGUAAUUAUUAAAUGUCUACGUUAAGAAGAUUUUGUACAUGUUUUAUUUAGAAGACAAAAAAGUAAAGGAAAGGAAGAAAAAAAAAAUAAAAAAUGAAAAGAAAUUGCAGAAACAAGGAAAAAACGAUGAACGCUUAAUCGUUGAAUUAUUUGAAUUAAAUUAGAGUAAAUAAUUGAAACAAUUUUUUGUUUUUACACAACAAGUUGCACAAGGAAGCAAUUUAUUCCUUGUAAGAGCAAAAAAAAAAAAAAACAAACAAACAAACGAAAAAAAAACAAAAUACCGAUUUGCACCGUGUAUCUCUUUUUUUCUGUUGCUGAGACUCAGAUGUACUAUAUGUUGAUUUUCUACUCGCAUUUUGUAUUUAUGUUUCUUAUUUGUUCUAUUUAUAUUUUUCAACGUUUUAAAAUAUUAGUAAAAUUUCUUAUCUUGGUCUCGAUAUGUCCUUUUACCAACAAUUAAAGAGGAUGUAUUUAAUAAAAUAAUUCAUGGAAUUUCAUGAGUGUACAUGUAAUGUAAUGGAAUUUAAUAACAAGAAGAUAAUGCAGAUGAUGAUUGUUACGACUCAUGAAAUGACACCAGGAUUCUUAAUUUUUUUAUCCUCCUGUUCUUCGUUUUCAUUAACUUCUUCCGCUAUCUUCAUUCGGGAAUUAUUAACUCUCCGUUUACAUCGAUUCGAUUUUCACCAAAAAAAAAAAAAAAACCGUGUAAUUCUUAUUUCCCAACUCGCAUAAUACAAAGAUAGAAAUAGCAAGAAAAAGAAAAAUCAGAAAAUCAAC